AGGUUCUGCUUGUGUCACUACCCUCCGAGAUGCACAGACUAUUGAAUAUCUUGACAGUAUUUCUGAGCAACCAAAAGGAAUCUAUGUCUCAGGCACAAGAUCAGGAUUUGGAUAGAAUCACACCGACCAAUAGUAAGCUUUGAAAGAAAUGCCUUAAAAUGUUGAAAAGCUCUUCUGAUUUCAUUAUGCUACAUCUCUUCUGUUUCAAAUAUAAACUAAAAUAGCUCGUUCUAAUUGGGUUCACUGUUGAACAUUACCAAGAGUUUGUUAUUGCUGCAUUUAUUGUUGUGUAAGUAAUUUCAUGUGAGUUGACAUGUGAGCAUCACACUUCAUCGGCUCAAAAAUGUGAUAUCUGUUUUGCGUCACUGUUAAGCUUUUAACAAAAUUUGUUAUUUUGAUAUGAUUACUUGAAAUUAAUUUUAUAAAUUUAGAUUUUAUCAGGUGACUAAUCCUUUUAAUCGGCGUAUGUAAAAUUUCUCAUCUUUCAAGUUGGUGAAAGGAAAUAAAGCUAAUAAUAAUAAUAUUUGUAUUAACCGAGAGAGGAUCAUUUAGUUAAUUAUUCACUGUCUUCAGGUUAAAUCAAAAGUAAUGGAAAGCUAGAGUUGCUUGGCGAAGCUGCUUUGUUCGUUGUAUCAACAGCAUUUUGUUCAGAUAUAUUUUGUUACAGUUUUUGUUUAGAAUUAAACAAAUUUUGUUCCAUUUUUUCCCCUCAAUUUUCUUACUUGUGGAGCAACCCACAUACUUUGAUUAGCAUUUUCUGAAACUUCCUGCAAUUUUGAAAUUUUAUCAAUUAUUUAUAUGCUAGUUUAACUGUAAAAAAAAAAUAGUUACAAGCUCUUAAAAGAUAUGACCUUUAAAAUCUGAAUAUUUUUGGAACUGUGGCCCUAAAAAAAACUUCAUGAUAUGAAAAUUUGAUGUUACAAAAGGGCUAAUGCUUUGUUGUACUUUAUUGUUCAGACUCCAGGUUGUGUCUCAAAACAAGUCAGCUACUGACGGAUGCAACGCUCUUGUUAAACAUGAAUCCUAUGUCUGAUGCAGCGCUGUGCCAUAUUGUGACAAACUAUCAGGCGGGCUCUCAGGUAUGUAGGCUUUAGGUAGCUCUAUAGUGAAACUAAAAGUUUUGUAUUUUGUCAUGAAAGCAGUGCUCCAGUCAUGGCAUUCAAUACUUGAAUUAUGUCACUACUUUUUACGGCUCCUGCAACUGAUAUUUAAAGUUUUUCUCCAAACAGGAUAUUCAGUAUACAAAAAAAAGGUGUACAUAAAAUGUUCACUACUUACUGUCAGUGUUAAAUGCUCAUUUGUGUUGUCUUCUUAUUUGAAGACUUGGUCUGCUUGUUAUAAAGGUGGAUGUAAUGUAACUCAUUUUUAGCUUUUAGCUUAUUUUUAGGGAUUCAUUCCUUCUUCUACAUUUUGAGGGCCCAAGAUCAAUGUGUUGAUCAUUCUGGCUCCUGUGUUUGUUGAGGGGGUUUGUGAUGUUUCUGUGCAUGGUUUUGAAGAGGAUACUUCACGGGUUGCAAGGGCUACUCAGCGAUGAUGUUAGGAACUGGGGGUUGGAAGGCAGGAGGCAAUGGACGCAAAUGUAUCAAGUGUUGUCUCCUCAACUGUUCUUUUUGGAAGCUUGUUCCAGUCCCUGAUGGUCUUUGGCAGGAAUGAGCAGUUCCUGUCCUGAGUUCUUGCAGUUAUGAGCCGGAACUGCCUGUCAUGGCCUCGUCGCUGUCUAUGGGGGACAGGGACCAGUGUCUGUUUUCAUAAUAUGUUGUAUAAGAAAAAUGAAUGGCAAAAGUAGAAUCUAGCUUAUUUCAUGUGAAGACUGAACUGUACACUCAAGUAAAGGCACAACACAUACAUAUUUUCAGAUCCUUGUUGCUGCAGAGCCUAGUGACAUACAAGUCCUCUCAGAUUUCAUUUGCCACUACUGCAGUCUUCUCUACGUUGUGGAUGGUCAAGCUGCCCAGAUCCUUCAAGUGUCGGCAUUGGACGUGAUGUCACGGAUCAGAUCUGUCACUGGCACCAAGGGAACCACGGCGG